UUUGUCUUCGGCAAGGUCAAGCGCCAGCAACAAGUCCGUGUUCGGCUCGAAACGUUCCGAUUUUCAAGGCAACGGUCGGUUUAAGCGCGCGUCCAAGCCUCCCCGAUGGUUUUUCGUUUGUUCGACGGCAUUUUUCCGGAUAAUUUUGGCUGAAACUGCACGAAAAUGGUCGUAUAAAAGUGGGCGUCGUUCAAUUUUCGCGCGCGCAAUUUUGUCGGCGUUUCCGAUGACAGUCGAGAACCGUUUCCUCUUUUAUCUUACGCGAGUCGAGUGAGCGGGCUGUGGCGCGUGUGAUGUAGGCACCGUGAAAUCGACGAAAAAACCGAAAGAAUCAACAUUAGACGAGAUGGCGGAGUCGAUAGACGAUCUGUUCGAUUGUUUCGAGGAGGCACCGCAGCAAUCCGGAUCGGCCGACGCCCCCGAUCGCGACAAUUCCCCGGACAGCAGCCAUGAAACGGCGAAACGUAGCACCAAGCGUGCCCACGAUGACGACAUCGAGGUGGCGGCUAAACUGUUCAAGGAAGAUCCCCUGGUCGACUUCAACGACAUCAAUUUUGCAGAGUUCAAAAACAGGAUAUUGGUCCACACCAUAGACACGCAGGAGUCCUGCACGCACGAGGUGGCUUGUCCACCAGGUCAACCAUAUGUUCCCUUGCAGCCCCUCAGGGGUGAUCCGGCUAAGACAUAUCCGUUCACGUUGGAUCCCUUUCAGAAGGAGUCCAUCUUAUGUGUGGACAACAAUCAGUCUGUGCUGGUUUCGGCCCAUACAUCUGCUGGCAAAACAGUUAUUGCUGAAUAUGCCGUAGCAACGUCGUUAAAAAACAAACAGCGGGUAAUAUACACCACCCCCAUUAAAGCCCUUUCCAACCAGAAGUACAGGGAAUUCCUGGAGGAAUUCAAAGACGUCGGCUUGGUGACCGGCGACGUAACCAUCAACCCCAGCGCUUCGUGUCUCAUUAUGACCACCGAGAUCUUGCGAAACAUGUUGUACAGAGGGUCGGAAAUAAUGCGUGAGGUUGGUUGGGUGAUCUUCGACGAGAUACACUACAUGCGCGACAAGGAGCGCGGCGUCGUGUGGGAGGAGACACUCAUUUUGUUACCGCACAACGUGCACUUCGUGUUCCUGUCGGCCACGAUUCCUAACGCGCGACAAUUCGUCGAGUGGGUGGCCCACCUUCAUCAGCAACCCUGUCAUGUCGUCUAUACAGACUACAGACCGACGCCGCUCCAGCAUUUCAUCUAUCCGGCCGGCGGCAACGGCAUCCACAUGGUGGUGGACGAAACUGGGACGUUUAAAGAUGACAGUUACAAUGCCGCGAUGUCAGUCUUACAGAACGUAGGUGAUGCCGCAAAAGGAGAUCAAAGAGGACGCAGAGGCGGCAUCGCCAACAAAGAUCCAACACAGACUGACAUAUUCAAAGUAGUUAAAAUGAUUAUGGAACGUAAUUUCGCUCCUGUCAUCGUCUUCAGUUUUAGUAAAAAGGACUGCGAACUGUACGCCACUCAAAUGACAAAGUUGGACUUUAAUACAGCUGCUGAAAAACAAUUGGUGGACGAGGUCUUCAACAACGCGAUGGACGUGCUGUCAGACGACGACAGGCGGUUACCCCAAGUAGAAAAUCUUUUACCUCUUUUGAGACGAGGCAUUGGCAUCCAUCACGGCGGUCUGUUGCCAAUUUUAAAAGAAACAAUCGAAAUCUUGUUCGGCGAGGGUCUGAUCAAAGCCUUGUUCGCCACCGAAACCUUCGCCAUGGGUCUAAACAUGCCGGCCAGGACGGUGUUGUUCACGGGCAUUAAAAAGUUUGACGGAUCGGAAUACCGGUGGGUCACUUCCGGUGAGUACAUUCAAAUGUCCGGUAGGGCCGGGAGGAGAGGUCUCGACGACAAGGGUAUUGUCAUAUUGAUGGUGGACGAGAAAGUACCACCAGCCGUUGGCAGGAACAUAGUCAAAGGUCUGCCUGAUCCCAUUAAUUCCGCCUUUCACCUAACCUACAACAUGGUCUUGAAUUUGUUGCGAGUGGAGGAGAUAAACCCAGAGUACAUGUUGGAACGAUCGUUUUACCAGUUCCAGAACCAGACCGCCAUCCCCGGAUACUACGAGGACUACGCGAAGAAGUUGAAGGAGUACAAUGAGUUUGAAAUCGAAAGAGAAUCGGAAGUUAAGUCGUACUAUGAGAUUAGACAAGAAUUGCAUAAGUUAGGCGAAGUGUUCAGAUCAUACAUAACGAAACCUGAGUACCUAAUUUCAUUCUUACAACCAGGUCGAAUGAUUAAGAUCAAAACCAAUGAAGCUGAAUACGAUUGGGGAGCCGUGGUGAACUUCAAGAAAGUACAAGAUUUUACUUCAAAGAAGGGAGAAAGGAAUAACAAAGUCAAGGCGGUUACCAGAGUAGUCGUUGACAUCCUCUUGCAUGUAAUUUCAGACUCCGACAAAAAAGAUGCCAUACCAAAACCGUGUUCAGAUAAUGAGAGGGGGGAAGUAGAAGUUGUAAGUGUGGACUCCACCUUCAUCACGCACAUCUCGUCCGUGAGGGUGUUCUCCCCGAACGACUUGCGGUCGAAAGACAGCAGAAAAGGCAUGUACAAGGCGAUAAAGGAGGUGAAAAAGCGGUUUCCGGAGGGACCGCCGCUGUUACAUCCGGUCAAAGACAUGAAAAUUCAGGAGCCGGAAUUCGAAGACACCAUGAACAAAAUCGAGCGACUGGAGAAGAAGAUGUUUGACCACCCGCUGCACAAAACUGACGUGCUGGAGAGUGAGUACCCGAAGUACGAGAAAAAAGUCGUCGCCUGCGAAGAACUGGCGGUCGCCAGGAAGCUGUUGCAAGACGCCAAAUCGGUUUUGCAAUUGGAGGAGUUACGGUGCAGGAAGCGCGUCCUCAGACGGAUGGGAUACUGCACGAACACGGACGUUAUACAACUAAAGGGUCGCGUCGCCUGCGAAUUGAGCAGCGCGGACGAACUGCUGAUCACCGAGAUGAUCUUCAACGGUGUAUUCGGCAAUCUGAAUGCGGCGCAAGCCUGCGCCUUGCUCAGCACCUUCGUAUGCGACGAGAGGAACAACGAGGCGCCGAAAUUGGUGGAGGAAUUAAGCGGGCCCCUGAGACAAAUGCAGGAUUUGGCCCGGAGGAUAGCGAAGAUCAGCACGGAAAGUCGUCUCCCACUCGACGAGGACACUUACGUGGAACGAUUCAAGCCCUUCCUGAUGGACGUGGUGUAUGCCUGGUGCAACGGAUCUCCGUUCAGCGAACUGUGUGCGAUGACCGAAAUUUUUGAGGGUAGCAUCGUGCGUUGUAUGCGACGUCUGGAGGAGUUGCUCAGACAGAUGGUGCAGGCGUCGAAGACGAUCGGCAACACAGAUCUGGAAGAUAAGUUCAAUUCGGCCAUUAAACUGAUUAAGAGAGAUAUUGUUUUCUCGUCCAGUUUGUAUUUGUAAUUUUUUUUCGAUACGUAUACAGUUUUUGUUUACAUUUAUUUUAUUGUGUUUACCACUCACUAUUGAAUUUUAAGCUUAAUCUUUUUUAUAUGAAUAUUGUUGGAAUUGAUUGGUGAGGUGGUUUAAUCAUGAAAAGACCAUAAAUGCGUUUUGCAUCUGUUCAUCAUUAUUUUUCAUUAUUUUUAAUUUUUCAGUCUAGUCUAAAUAUUACAUAUAUUUUUGUUCUAAUAUAUUUUUUAACCUGACUUAAAUUUUCUAAUAUAUUGAAUUAACAGAAAAAAUGUUCUAAAAAUGGUUUUAUGUUUUAGACAUGAAAACUUCUGUAAAAGUUAUUUUGAAUUAUUUUAUUUACAUUGUAUAUAUAAUUACCAGCUAAAGCACAAUUUAAUUUAUAUAUACACCCACAAUUAAUACUAGUAGUUACUUUAGUAGUUACACAAAUGUCCAUAUUAAUUAAACUGAAGGUGCUUAUUUUUAUUUAUUUUUAACAGUUCAAGAAUUAAGUUUUUGAUAAUUAAUAAAUCUGAAUUUAAUUAUAUUAAAUAAUUUAUUAUAUUAGUUAAUAUAAUUAAGUUUAUAUUUAUUCUAAGUUAUAAUUUACUUUCAUUUUGACCUGGAAUUACUAUUAUGUGAAUUUAAUAGAAAUGUUUAGAUUUGAUGUUUCAAAAUAUUUUAUUCACAGAUAAACUUCGUUUAAAUUCAUUUUAUGAAUAAACAUGCUUAUAUUUAUUUUAUUAUCAGUUCAUAUAUUAAAUUUGGACAAUAAGUCUAAAUUUAUGUUUUGCUCUUUUGUUCAAAUUCUAAUUUACUUUUUUUAACCUGGUUUUACUAUUACAUGAAUUUAAUAGAAUAAUAUUUAGAAAAUUGUUUGUCUUGCACAUGAACACUUCACUAAAAGUUGUUGUAUUGAAUUAUUUUAUUCUGUGAAUUUACACUGGUGUCCAC